UGACAUAUUCAUGCGAACUUGUUGAAACGCCUAGACAAGUUGACCAGAGGUCUUGAUGAACCAGUAUCGGCCUGCCUGCACAAAAGGUCGCGUUUCAGAAAAGGCAGUCAGUCUCCCGCACCUCGGAAGUCGGAAGGUCCUGAACAGAAAUGACCUUCUGAAGCUUUGACCCGCCAAGACUUUUUGAACCAACCACACCACGCCCACCACAGAUCGUGGAGUAGUUUCGAUUGCCAAGUUAUCAUCUCUAACGACAGCCUCCCGAGAAAUGGCGAGAAACUGUUAAGGGACACACCAGGCAAGUGACGGGGGGCAGGCAUUAGACCCGUCCUGCCAAUUUACCUCGAAAGUCCCCCCAAACCACAUUCCUCCAGGUCUCCAGAUUUCCAUUUCUAAGCCCUACGGAUACACCGAGCACGCCCCGAAAAGAGUCUAACGGGACGUCCGGAGAAAUAUCCUUCUGGAAAGGCAGUAGGGUGACGUCUCGUGUCCCAAAUAGGCCAUUUCUUCGGACAGCUCCGAGCGGUGGGAGUGAUUCUUCCUGGCACCCCGAACCAGGAGGCGCCAAGGCAUCGCGAGUAGCCUCAAACGACCCCUGGUGAGGUAGUAUACAGUAAUGUCUCGUGUCCCAAAUAGGCAAUGUUUCAAACAAGCUCCGAGCGAGUGGUUCUUCUUGGCACGUCAAACAGUGAGGAGACAAGGCAUGGCGAGGAGCUUCAAACAAGCCCUGGUUGUCAUUCGCGCGCCUAGGUCAGGUGUUGUUUACCUCCUGAACAACACCUCAAAUUUCGGCAGAUGUUACCUUGAUUCGAUAAGUGAGGUUUGGUCGGAGCGGUUGCUGGGAACUCGUUGGUAUAAAGAUGUCAGCGAUGGCCUGUGUCUGGAGUCAAAGCAUCAUCAGCCACUUCACAACAGAACCGGACUUAGCUGACAUUAGACACUCACGAUGAGAGCCUCCGCCUAUCUCUCCUGGGCCUUCCUGCUGUCGCCCAUCUGGGCCGCCCCAGCCGCGAACCCAUGUGACAUCAGGUCCACAGACACCAGCUUCACCGACUAUGCCUAUGUUUACUUCACAGGCGAAGGCACCUCCGACGGCGAGCAGAUCCGUAUGGCUGUCAGCAACAACAAUGAUCCCACUCAAUGGACAACGCUCAAGAAUGGUCAACCCUUCCUGACCAGCAACGUCGGUACCAAGGGCAUUCGCGACCCUUCAUUGAUCGCUGCUCCGGAUAGAAGCAAGUUUUGGAUCAUUGCCACUGACCUCAAAGUCAACGGUCUGCCAGGCGGCUGGUCCAACACCGACAUGCAAACCAAGGGCUCCAAGUCCAUUGUCGUCUGGGAGUCCACCAACCUGAAGAACUGGUCUGGCCCCCGCCUCGCCAAGGUAUCCCCCGACAAUGCCGGCAUGACCUGGGCGCCCGAUGCCAUCUGGGACCCCGAGCGUAACGCCUACAUGGUGUACUGGACUUCGAGCGUUAUGUCUAACGGCAACGGCAUCUCGGCCGGCUGGAAGAUCCUCCGUUGCUAUACCAAUGAUUUCGUGACCUUCACCAAGGCGGAAGAGUACCUCGUAGGAUACGGCAUGGAUGUCACCAUCACUGCCGGCGACAACGGAGCUUUCUACAUGAUUACCAAGAACGGACCCAACGGAUUGAUCCAGGAGAACGUGUCGCACAACGGACUGUCGGGACAAUGGAAGAAGGUCUCGGAGAACAUCGGACAGGGCGAUAUGCCAUCUGGUGAGGGACCGUUGAUCUUCAGGGACAACAAGACCCCCAGCAAGUGGCAUGUCUGGAUCGACAACAACACCAGGGGAUCCGGAUAUAUGCCGUUCGAGACUAACGACAUUACCACCGGUCACUAUAUCAAGACGCAGAACUACAAGCUCCCGGCCAACCCGCGCCACGGAUACGUGAUUCCCAUCACCGCCGCCGAAAGACAAGCCUUGUUGUCCGCCUAAGUUCGAACCGACCGCCAUAUCGUACAUGGUUCGUAUGAGUAAGGUCUGGUUAAAAGGCUUCGUUUCGACUAGCACAAGAGGUUGUAGGGGGGUCAUGGCGGUGCCAUGGUAUCGCAUAGAAGACCUUGACUUCCACUCACGUGCAGUGUAGUCUCUUCUUUUCUUGUAUCUUUUUACCUUUAGAUUAUAUAUCAACAACGUC